AUGAAAUUCAUUUUUACCUGCCGGUGCUUUGCACUGUUUGUUCUUCUGAAUCAACCAACCCCAAUUCUUCCUGCCUCUUCAAAUCUCACCUAUCAGCCAAUGGAUCAUGAGCCGUUUCUGUACAUGUUGGGACGCAAGAAGUUGCUUGAUGCUCAGUACAAAUGCUAUGAACGAAUGGAGCAGCUGCCUCCAUACCAGGGAGAAGGUCUGUACUGCAACCGCACUUGGGAUGGCUGGAUGUGUUGGGAUGACACGCCUGCUGGAGCCAUGUCCUAUCAGUUCUGCCCAGAUUACUUUCCAGACUUUGACCCAAUGGAAAAAGUUACGAAAUACUGCGAUGAAAAAGGGGUUUGGUUUAAGCAUCCUGAAAACAAUCGAACCUGGUCCAACUACACUUUGUGCAAUGCUUUCACUCCUGAGAAACUGCAGAAUGCAUAUGUUCUGUAUUACCUGGCUUUGGUAGGUCACUCUAUGUCAAUCUUCACAUUGGUAAUUUCCCUGGGGAUUUUUAUGCUUUUCAGGAGCCUUGCAUGCCAGAGGGUUACACUGCACAAGAACAUGUUUCUUACCUACAUUCUGAAUUCGAUAAUUAUCAUCAUCCACCUGGUUGAAGUCGUACCCAAUGGAGAGCUGGUGCGAAGGGAUCCGGUUAGCUCGCAUGAUUUUGUGUUUAAUUUUAUUUUUGAGACUCUUCAGCUCAAGGCUAGUGCUCUACCACUUGAACAAGAGGAGGGAAAGAUGAAGGAACCCAAAGACAGAGAAGUGGUGACCUGCAAGAUUUUGCACUUCUUCCACCAGUAUAUGAUGGCCUGCAACUACUUCUGGAUGCUGUGUGAAGGGAUCUAUCUCCAUACUCUCAUUGUGGUGGCUGUGUUCGCUAACAGUCAGCGCAUGCUCUGGUAUUACCUCCUUGGCUGGGGAUUUCCACUGGUGCCUACCAUUAUCCAUGCCAUUACUAGAGCUCUGUACUUCAAUGACAACUGCUGGCUGAGUGUGGAUACCCAUCUGCUGUACAUCAUCCAUGGCCCUGUCAUGGCAGCAUUGGUGGUCAAUUUCUUCUUUCUGCUGAACAUUGUCCGGGUGCUUGUGACCAAGAUGAGGCAAACCCAUGAGGCAGAGUCUUACAUGUACCUGAAGGCUGUGAAGGCCACCAUGAUCCUGGUGCCCCUGCUGGGAAUCCAGUUCGUUGUCUUUCCCUGGAGGCCCUCCAACAAGCUGCUUGGGAAGAUAUAUGAUUACCUCAUGCACUCUCUGAUUCAUUUCCAGGGAUUCUUUGUCGCGACUAUCUACUGCUUCUGCAACAACGAGGUCCAAACCACCGUGAAGCGCCAAUGGAACCAAUUCAAAAUCCAGUGGAGCCAGCGUUGGGGAAGACGCCCCGCCAACCGCUCGGCUUCUCGUGCUGCAGCCUCGGCUGAGGCUGGCGACCUCCCUGUUUACAUCUGCCAUCAGGAGCUGAGGGAGUUGGGGGCCAACAACCAUGACCAGGAGGGUGCUGAGAUCAUUGCAUUGAACAUCAUCGAGCAAGAGUCAUCCGCUUGA